AUGGCACCAGCUGCUAACACAUCAGGAAUGGAGUGCGAGGUUUUCUUGAGUUUCAGGGGACCGGAUACUCGGAACAACUUUACUAGUUGCCUCUAUCAUGACAUGGUUGAGAAAGGAAUCCGCGUCUUCAAAGAUGACGAGGAGCUCCGAAUCAGUCAGCAGAUUGGUGGAAACCUUUUGCGAGCCCUUGAUGACACUCAAAUUUAUAUCCCCAUCUUCUCUAAGGGCUUCGCUUCCAGUGUGUGGUGCCUCCGUGAGGUUGCACAUAUGGUAGAUUGCACUUCAAAGUCCGAUGGGAAGAAGGAGAUCCUCCCCAUUUUUUUUGACGUGGAGCCAGAUGAUGUCAAGCUUAAAACCAAUUUGUACAGAGAUGCCCUAUUUGAACAUGAGAAGAAGUACAGCUCCCGUGAAGUCAAGGGCUGGGAAGAUGCUCUGGUUGAGGUUCCAACCAGAGUAGGUUGGAAGCUGGAAGGGGAAGGGUAUGGGGAACUUAUAAAAUUGAUUGUUCGAGAGGUUCUACUUAAGCUGAAGGUGAAGAACAGGCCUCUUCCUGAUCAUCUAGUUGAAACGGAUGAUCUAAAGCAUCUAGAGAAAUUGUUGGAUGUUGACUCUGAUGAUCACGUACGUUUUGUCAUACUCCAUGGGAUGGGCGGUAUUGACAUGCAAAAGAAACUAUUGUCUGAAACAUUGGGGUCGAACUCUGCUCAAGAAAUCUAUGAUACCAACGGUGGGAUUGAUCACAUAAUGGGAGGACUUGGCAAAAAGAAAGUUUUGCUUGUUGUUGAUAAUGUGGUUGAGAAGAAGCAACUCGAGAAUCUCGCAGGGAGUUGGGACUGGUUUGGUUGUGGAAGUAGGAUCAUUGUCACAGUCAGGGACAUAAGGACAAUACGAAAUGAAGACAAUCAAAUGCAACCCAGCCAUUACAUGGAGUACUUAGUAAAGGAGAUGCCUUUGCAUCUGGCAAUUCAGCUUUUUAGCAAACAUGCCUUUAGAGAUGGUAUUCCUCCAGAAACUUACUACAAGUUCUCAAAUGAAGUGGUUUCAAGCAUAGGAAGGCUUCCUUUGACUCUGGAAGUCGUGGGUUCUCUUUUCGCCAACACGGUCAGAUCAAAAUGGGAUGAGACAUUGGAGGACUUAAAGCAAGUCCCAUCUAGCGACGUUCGACAAACACUAAUGAUAAGUAUCAACAAAUUGAAGGACGAAGAAAAGGCCAUAUUCCUAGACAUAGCAUGUUUUUGCAUCGGGGAGGAUAAGACUUAUGCGGAGUACAUGUGGUAUAACAUCAACUAUUCUCCACACAGUGCAAUUGAUGAUCUUCUACUCAUGUCAUUGAUAAAGAUCGAUGAGAACAAUAAGUUUCGGAUGCAUGAUGAAGUUCGAGAUCUAGGAAGGUACAUUGUCAAAAAACACAAUUUCGAAGAUCGUGGGGAGAGAACUUGGGUGAGGAUUGAUGUGAAUACUUUAGACAUACUAAGGAGUAACAAGGAAAAACAAGCUGUACGAGCACUCAGUUUGGAUAUUAGUCAUGAGUUAACACCUGAAGAAUUAGCUUGUGUGCCACAACUAAUCUUCCUAGGAGGGGAAAGAAUGAAAUUAGUAGGCGACUUCGAAAAUCUUCUUCAUAAUCUGAGAUGGCUUUCUUGGCAUCAUUGCCCACCGGAUCUUUUAGUGAAGAAUCUUCACCUAGUGAAUUUGGUUGUGCUCGACCUUUCAUGGAGCAACAUCACUAAUGACUGGGGUGGAUGGUUGCAAAUCAAGAUGGCGACAAAGUUGAAAGUUCUAGAUUUGACCAGCUGCAAAGACUUAACCAAGACACCUGAUUUUUCCGAGUUUGGCAAGUUGGAGAAACUGAUUCUCGCUUGGUGUGAGAAACUGUCCACGAUUGACAGCUCAAUCGCCAAACCUUUCAAAUUUCCUGAGACAAUAGGCAAUCUGAAAUCUUUGAUGAAGUUUGAAAUUCAAGGUCAUUCUAAUAUCAACCAACUUCCUCACUCUAUUGGAAGUUUAACCAAUCUCAUGCAUUUGCGGUUGCGUGAAUGCCAAAGUCUAUAUAAGCUUCCAGACUCUAUUGGGGAACUAGAAUCAUUGGUUGAGUUGGAUUUAGAAUCUUCAGGGAUCUCUGUUAUCCCUGAUUCCAUUGGAAAACUAAAGAGAUUAAAAUUCCUUAGGGUGGCGCACACACAGAUUCACACAUUACCUUGUGCUCUUGGAAGGGUGGAGACGCUAAAUUUCCUUGAUGCCUCGUUUUGUCAGCAUCUUAUAGAUGAAAUCCCAUGGGAAAUGUGGAGCCUGCCCCGUUUGAAGAUCUUGGACUUAGAUGGAACCCCAAUCUCUUCGGUGCCGAAAAAGAUAAGCGGUUUCUCUAGUCUCCAAAUGCUUCAAAUUACAAGCUAUAGGCUUUGCCCAUUGCCAAAUCUUCCCUCGAGUUUGAAACGCCUAGUGGUCAAAGCUGGUGAAUUCCCUGUUCUUCCGGACCUCUCAGGCCUACUUCAUUUAGAUCAUCUCGAAGUGUGUAGAAGACAUCCAAUUAUUACAUUUUGGAGCGCCGACGAGGUUAUUUCACCUUGGAAGGACGCCCAGUCCAUCCAUCAGCUUCCACGUGGCUUAUCAACCUUGAAACUUGGCUGGAUCCCGCAAUUGCCAGAUUUUUCCGACUUCAAAAGCUUGUUGUGUCUGUCUGUCUGUGGAUAUCCAAUGCCACACUUGCCCGUCCUUGAAUACUCGGAGAGUUUAAGGGAAUUGGAGAUAUCAUGGUGCGAAUCCCUGGAGAGAACGCCCGAUCUGUCGUGCUUGAAGAGGCUACAAAAGUUACAGCUCAGUGACUUACCCCAACUGAUUGAGAUUCCAGGUUUGGGAGAAGUAGAAUCACUCAAGUUUCUACACAUUACCGCAUGUCAUAAGAUCAACAAAUUGCCUAAGCUGUUGAAGUUGAAAAAACUAAAACAUCUCAAGCUUGAUGGGUGUGGAGAUAUGAGCGCCGUUGAGGGCUUGAAAGAAUUCAAUUUGUUGGAGAAGGUGGAGAUAGAACAUUGCGUAUCCCUGAAAAGGUUGCGUGAUGAGUCGGCUUCACCAAAUAGGAGACCGAGGCACAAAUGUUGUUGCAGUGCACUAUGUGGACUAGGGAUUAGAGUUCCAACAUCCACACGUCCACAUGGAAUGGCGUUGCAACUGGAUGGGAUUGUUGACCAUGUGUCGACAGUGAUGGGGAGGAGGAGCAAGGUGACGCAUCCGCUUGUCAUGAGAUGGACGAGGACAGCGGUGGAAGGUGUCGCGGGGGAGGAGCAAGGAGACUGUUUUGUUGGUGGUGGGAUGGACGAGGAUGACGGUAGAAAAUGUUGCUCAUGGUUAGGCGAUACUCAUAGGAAGGGUGUCAUGGGCAAAACUCAAUUCGAGCGGAACCCUAGUUUCAACACCCGAGGAUUCUGUGGUAAUCAGCGCGUUUCUAUACCAACGAGACUUGUGCACUGA